AUGAUUGGUCCUAGCAAGCUCGCCGUGCUCGCCUGCGCGUUGCCGCUCGUGGCCGCGAUGAGCCAAGGCGCCAUGGCCACCGACACGCCGUGCCCCAGCCUUACGCCCAAGCCCACCGACCCGACCGCGUACCCUAGCCCCGUCCCGACGCAGUCGACGCCGUGCCCGACGAGCUUGACGCCCAAGCCCACGGACAAGCCCACGGACAAGCCCACGGACAAGCCCACGGACAAGCCCACAGACGCCCCGACGCCGUCGACGCCGUGCCCGACGAGCUUGACGCCCAAGCCCACGGACAAGCCUACGGACAAGCCUACGGACAAGCCUACGGACAAGCCCACGGACAAGCCUACGGACAAGCCCACAGACGCCCCGACGCCGUCGACGCCGUGCCCGACGAGCUUGACGCCCAAGCCCACGGACAAGCCUACGGACAAGCCCACAGACGCCCCGACGCCCGUCACGCCCAAGCCGACCGACAAGCCCACGGACAAGCCGACCGACAAGCCGACGGACAAGCCGACCGACAAGCCGACCGACAAGCCGACGGACAAGCCCACGGACAAGCCUACCGACAAGCCGACGGACAAGCCGACGCCCAAGCCCACGGACGCCGGCAAGGACUUGCGCUUCUGCUCGUACACGCGCCAUGCGCUUUCGGAGUACUACGGCAACAUUUACGCCGACACGAUCCGCAACACGGACAACGAGCACUUUUUCUACAACGAGAAGACGCAGACGAUCGUGGCCAAGUCCAACGGCCAGUGCCUCGACGCCUUCUUGAACGCGCAGAACCAGUACAAGCUGCACACGUACCCGUGCGGCGAGGGCAACCCGAACCAGAAGUGGGUCUUCAACACGCACAACAACGCGAUUCAGCACGGCACGCACAAGGGCUUGUGUCUCUCGAACCGCGCCGACACGCCGGGGCAGCAGGCGUACGUCGAGCCGUGCAACGGCGGCCUCAACCAGUACUUUGCCAACUGCGACGACCCGUCCAAGGUCUCGGUGCAGUUCCAGACGUGCUACACGGACAAGUACCUCUCCGAGUGGAACACGGGCUUGUACGCGGACAAGAAGCGCAGCAACAUCAACGAGCUCUUCGAGUACAACGGCGCGACGCAGCAGAUCAAGGUGCUCUCGAACGGCCAGUGCCUCGACUCGUUCUUCCAGAACGGCAAGUACGGCUUGCACACGUUCCCUUGCGACGCGGGCAACGCCAACCAAAAGUGGAACCUCGACGGCAAGCGCGUCACGCACGCGGUGCACACCAACUUGUGCUUGGACGCCGACCCGACGGACGACGGCCACAAGGCGCAGGUCUGGGAGUGCACGCCGUACAACAAGAACCAGUGCUGGAACAUCAUCCGUUUCUACUAA